AAGGGGAAGUGUAUUUGUCAGCAAGACAAUUGCUCAAGCUUGUCUCAGUGACGUUCGUGACAGAGCUUGGGCCGGAAUGGACAACCAGGAAGAAACCGAUGUCAUAUCCACUCUGACAGGGUUUUCUCUGAGCAACGUCCUCGCGGAUCUGUCUCUACCUGCAGCUUCUGGUCUUUCUAGCACCCUCGGUCUCUCCGGUUUGCCUGCAAUAGAUGCCUCACAGAUCUAUAACGACAAGUGGGAUGACGAAGGAGCUGUUGGAGCAGAUGAGGGAGAAGAUUUUGAAGAUGAGGUCGACAGGGAGCUUGAGCAGGAGAUGGCUGGCGACGGUGUGGUCAAACUAGAAGUCCAGUCCCCGACUGCUGUGCAACCCCCGCGAAAGCGCGUCAGGACUGUGAAGCGAAUGAUCGAGAGACCAAAGAGCGUCUACGAACGCUUUCCAGCUUUCGAGAAGGACAAGGUUCUGGACUUCUCAGAGUUGUUCAAGGGUUACAUAUCCAAGAAGUCUCGCAUAGCUAAACGUCCCCUUGCCGCUGAGAGCGUCUAUCCCCGCAAGAGGGAGACCGCCAGAGCUUUCCUCGAUGCAAUUGUCGGUGACGCCAAACGCCAGAAUGAGAACAGACGUGUUGAAGAGGCUAUGUCUGCUGGCAGUAUAGAGAACGAUCUUAUACGAGCCAUCGAGGAACGCGAGAAAUCUGCACUUCCAGUUACGCUUCCCUUGCAUGACAGAAGUUUCGACCUAGUGUUAUUGUCGAAUUGGGAGGAUAAGAUUGUUUACGAAUCCAAGGAUACAACAGCAUUCCCACCUCCCGAGUCUGACAGUCUGACUACCCCUGUGAACAAGGCACUAGAGUCUGGGGCAUGGACACAAAGCAUCAUAUGGGGUUUCGGACAACCGUUCCGCCAUUUUACUCAGCUCGAGCUUAGCGAGGACGAUUUUGCCCACGAGGAACGCCCUCAGACCGAGACUGUCAGACCACGCAAGCGCAUGAGGGCUGACACUACGCAACCUCGUGAUAAAUUCAAUCUAUCCAACGACCACCUCUAUGAGGUAGCCAAGGAAGGAGGCCGCCACCGAGUACGCCAGACGUUCGGCCAACUGGUUGUGGAACAUGCAUACCCUGCACAAAAGCUUCAGCUGCCAUUUUACAAAACUCGCCUUUCCAAGCACGAAGCGCGCUCGUUCCAUCGGCCAGCCUUACAGUUUCCUACGAAUAUUGAAUUUCGCUUCAGCAAAAUAAGGCUGGGAGAAAGCUUGGAAAAGGCGGGAAUGUUGGUGAAGGAUUGCAGUAGGACUGGUGACCUGACCUUAAAGGACACGAGCAAUUUUGUCCUUUGGGAAUAUUCUGAAGAACACCCCCCAAUCAUUCCGAACUUCGGCAUGGGUAGUAUCCUCGUCAAUUACUACCGCAAGAAAGACGAAAAAGACGACUAUAUGCCUAAGCUUGAUCUUGGUGUGCCCUUUGUACUAGAACCUCAAGAUGAGUCACCGUUCAUGAAGUUCGGUUAUGUAUACCCCGGACAGACGUUUCCGGCGCUGUACAAUAAUCUAGUCCGAGCACCUCUUUUCCGUCACAAGCCAUAUCUGACAGACUUUCUUGUUGUGAAAAGCACUAACAAGGGGGAGAGCAAGUAUUAUUUGAGAGAGAUCAAGAACCUCUUCGUGAUAGGUCAAACUUAUCCGGUUACUGAGGUCCCAGGGCCCCACUCCCGAAAAAUCACAAGCACUAUUAAACACAGGCUCCAGAUCAUCGCGUUCAAGUUACUUAAGAAAAGCCGAGACGAGCGUCUUAAGAUUUCACGCCUGAUGAAGUAUUUCCCAGAUCAAAACGAGUUGCAAAUGCGACAAAGGCUGAAGGAAUUUAUGGAGUAUCAUAGGAGAGGACCUCAUCAAGGCUUCUGGCGGCUCAAAUCUACGACAAUAGUACCGAGUGAAUCGGAUAUGCUCAAAAUGGUUGGUCCAGAGCAGGUUGUGCUCAUGGAGAGUAUGCAGGUUGGACAGCGCCACUUGCAGGAUUCGGGCUACACUCAGACCGCAGAUGUGGAUGGUGAUGAGGAGGGCGAAAGCAAACUCUCGAUCGAACAGCAGCUUGCACCGUGGAUUACGACGAAAAAUUUCCUGCAAUGCUCCGACUUCACGGAGAAGGAGAUCCAACUGGGCGAGGGGGAGGCAUUUAGUUUCAUUCGCAUAUCGAUGAAAGACAUAUUUGUCAAGGCUGGAGAAGACUAUGAACAGAAGCUAGCCGAGGCUGAAAAUCGGCCAAAGUCAGCUCACAGAUAUAAUGUCGCUGAGCAACAGCAGAUUUACAAGAAGGACGAACCCGAACUUUCGCCGGAUGACGAGGUGCCUCCUGAGCCGAAAAAACUUCAAAGACAAGGAUCUUAUCGGUUCGACACGCCCCUUUCUCCCGCUGCGGUGUCACCAGCCCCUGUUGGCCCUUCUUCUCCCGCAUUCAGUCGUGGGUCCUCGCUAGACCGGGACCGAGAAAUGAGCAUGGGCCCUGACGGGAGCCGCAAGGUACUGCGGAUAAAGCGUCUGGUAGAUGGUGACUGGCGGACGGAGAUUAUUCGUGAUCCCGCCGUAAUCCGUGCCUACGUGCGUGCGCGGCAACAAAUUGAGGAGGAGACGACUCUGGCCGAUAACUUGGCGCCCACUGGCGAUGCGGACACCGACAAACGGUACAAGAAGAGACUGGAAGAACGGAUAGCCAGAAUGAAGAAGAACCAGGAACGCCGUCUGCAUCGCAAGAAUGCCAAGCUUGUCAAGGAGGGAGGUGCGCCGAUGCAAAUUGACAGACCACUUAAGCCAGAUACGACGAGGCGCUGUGGACAUUGCGGGCAGAUGGGUCACAUGAAGACGAACCGGAAAUGUCCCCGUUGGGCCGAAUUCAACAGCGGAACUCCGCCUCUUCCCGUGCCUCCCAACUCUGCCACAAACCCAACGGCUGUGACACCUGGCAUGCCCAGUUUUAGUGGGUUUAACCGACCAACGCAAAAUGCUGGUUUCACGUUUGGCGCUGCCGUUCCUUCGCCCUUGGCGACCAGUCCGCCGCUGUCAGCGAUGGAGGACCGUGAUGUUGAAACGCCGUCAAGUUCAGCGCCGAAGAUAAAAUUAACUCUGAAGCGUUCAUGAUUUUCACGUUUCUUUUUAGUUCGCGCUUUUGUCUUACUUAGAAUACUGUAACCAUAUUUACAAGGCAAA